AUGGUGUACAAUGAACGCCGGUUCAAGAGCAAUGGAGACUGCGGCCUCGGCCUGAAGCAGGAGAAGGAACGGGGAGUAUUUAGUCAUGCAAAAAUCGUCAUAUACCUUCUCUCAGACAGGGCGAGAGUCAGCAACGAGCUGACGGAUUACCUGAUGGGACAGAGAAAGCAACUUUGUUUCAUACUAUGUAGUGAUGAUGAGGCACAGGCAAACAAGCACACGGAUCACCUGAUGAUGAUAAUGCUGUAUUAUUUACUUUUUGCCUGUACGACCUUGUCGGGCGGUGGAAGCUACACUCUACACAUUCUACCUACAAAUACCAGUAGUGAUCGGUACGUGUCGGCCUUAAUGGCACACUCUGGUGAUAUUCUGUUGCCGUACAACCUGCACUUUCAAAUGAACAAUCUGAUUUCUCAUUUCUCCGCUUUCAUUGCCUGGCUCACACUAACAGCCAGUAACCGCACAGUGACCGCCCAAGUAGUUCAUUUUGUGAAUGGUCCAGUAAUAGAAGCGAAAACCUCAGAAUGGGCACUACGUAAACAACUCUAUAGCAUCAAGGACACCUGUGCAUACAUAAAUUUAGGCAAAGUGUUUGCACAAAGGUGUCUAGAAAGUGGUAUCACGGAGAUGUAUUGUGAUAUCAAGCCAGUUGAAGGUGGAAAAGUCGAUAGGUUUAUCAAAGAGGUUGUUAAUGGUGGAGUCAAAUUGGAAGAGCCUGAGGUCUACAAAAAGCCAAGUCCGUGGGAUUUACAGCGACCAGAAAAACCAUGGGAGGUUGCAGAAGAAUGA